UUUCUCCCUCCAGGGUCCAGCUCUCUCUUCUCGUUGUCUGAACUGCUCAUUUAUUUACGGCCGAAAUGGACAUCCACCCCUUAUCAAAUUACCCCCUUCCGAGCCAGUCGUCCCUCCAACUCCAAUACGUCGGCAAGAACCUUAAUGACAUUCUCACACCCGCUGCGGUUAUUGACCGUGCUAUUGUAAGACGGAACUGCAAUGCCAUGCUUAACGCCACCAAAUCCCUUGGCGUUGGAUUUCGGGCUCACAUCAAAAGCCACAAGACACUCGAGCUUUCUAAACUUCAAGUUGGCAGCGACAUUCAUUGUCCGGCUGAAUUUGUGGUAUCUACUCUAAUAGAGGCAGAGAACCUCCUCCCCUUCCUUUUGGAAUGCCAAGCAAAUGGUAGAAGAUGCAGCAUCCUCUACGGGGUUCCAAUCCCGAUCUCCGCUCUGCCACGCCUCCUCCGGCUUGCUCUGACGCUCAAACCCGGCACAUUGAAUGUGCUCAUCGAGAACAUUGACGCUUUCCUCGAAUUCAACUCCCAAGUAGUCAAGGCCAUGAACCAAGGCAAAGACCCCGUUGACAUUGGUGUUUUCAUUAAAGUUGACACCGGUUACCACCGGGCCGGUAUCCAAACCACGUCCCCCAAAUUUAAAGACCUUGUCAAACUGGUGGUCGACAGCUAUGGGGAAGACUUCCGGGGUUUUUAUUCGCACUUUGGACAUAGUUAUGCCGGUUCCUCGGAGGAGGACGCUGCAAAUGGGUUGUUGGAAGAACUGAAUGGGCUAGAGGAAGCAACGAAAGCUGUGCCGACAAAUUCCGUUUCCAAAUUGACGUUGAGUGUUGGGGCAACGCCUACUACGACUGCCGUACAGAACCUGCUUGUGUCAAGCGUGAUUCCAGCGGCGGAAGAGUUAAAGACCGUGAUCGAGAAGCUGAAGCAGAAGCACCAUGUCGAAUUCCAUGCCGGUGUCUACCCACUGCUCGACUUGCAGCAAAUCGCUACGCGGGCGCGCCCAUCGGUAGGACAGUCCCAGCCUGGAUUUGAGUCAUUGUGUAUGAAUAAUAUUGGGUUGAAGAUGUUGGUUGAGGUGACAAGUGUAUAUGAUGAAAGAGAACAACCGGAAGCUUUAGUAUCGGCUGGAUCGCUCGCGCUCGGGAGAGAACCAUGCAAGAGCUAUCCUGGGUGGGGUGUUGUUACUGGCGAUCUGGGGAAUAGCGGUAAUGGGAGGAUAUAUGAUGCACAGGGAAAUAAGACUGGGUGGAUGGUUGGAAGAAUCAGCCAAGAGCAUGGAAUUCUUGUGUGGCAAGGCCCAAAGGAUCAGAUGAUGCCCCUGAAAAUUGGCGAUAAGUUGCUGAUUUGGCCAAAUCAUGCUUGCGUCGCUAGUGCUGGCUUCGGGUGGUAUUUAGUCGUAGAUUCAAAUCGGAACGUAAAUGAAAUCGUGGAUAUCUGGGUCCGGUGGCGUGGAUGGUAGAUGCGGGAAAGAAUGCCUUCAGGACUGAGCGCUGGAAUUGGGGAUAGACAUAAGGAGUUGUCGUAACAGCCGUUUAUGAUGAAUAGAGCUGAGUAAGACACUUUUAGGGAUAAUGGAAGAAAGGUAGAGGAUAAUGAAGUAGCGUUAUAUGAUUAACAUAAUCGCUACUACGGGAUUCAGAGGCCGAGGUGUUCAUGAUCGCUGUCAUCGCUUGCUUGGUCCUGUGACAGGGCCCUCACUUCGCGGCGUUGGAGCUGGCUGGGUCGAGAACGCUGGGACAGUUGGCGCUGGAGGAUACGUCGGUUGAGUCGACAUGUGGUCCGGUGUCUCCCAUUUCAAGCUCAUCGUAACAUGACCCAACGCUUUGACUUCAUUUAAUAUUUGAGUGAGUAUGCGACCGUGCAUUACCGACUCCUGAAGCACACUGUUUUGGAAGCUCUCGCGGUC